GUUGAAAAAUGGGGCAUUCCGAGAAUUGAACUCGGGACCUCUCGCACCCUAAGCGAGAAUCAUACCACUAGACCAAAUGCCCUUGAUGUUUAUACAUUUCAAAUCAAGCGAAAUCAAUAAACAAGAUAUAAAACCCGUCUAGAUUCACAAUCACAAUAUCAUCUUCUAACACAGUUCGUGUAACUCAGAUUCAUGGCAUGGUAACAACGGCUCCGCUUAUCCACAAGCGCUUCUUCAGUGAUGAAAUCAAUUAUCCCGAAUGCUGAUUGCUGUUUUUGAUGUCAACACACUUUCAACUUAGCCAUAGUUUGCGGGAAGAAUCAAAUUGAAAUCAAGUGGUGUGCUUAAUUAAAUGGGCGACGAAGAGGGGGUUGACAAAUCGAGGAGAGUUGUUUUUGUUACUGUAGGGACAACUUCUUUUGAUGCUCUUGUGAAAGCUGUAGAUUCUGAAAAUGUUAAGAAAGAGUUGCUUGUGAAAGGGUAUACCCAUCUUCUUAUCCAAAUGGGUCGUGGAUCUUAUGUUCCUACCAAGUCUGAAGGAGAUGGUUCAUUGGUUGUAGACUACUUCACUUUUUCUUCCAGUAUUGCAGACCAUCUAAGAUCUGCUUCUCUUGUCAUUAGCCAUGCAGGGUCAGGUAGCAUAUUUGAGACAUUGCGGCUACGCAAACCUUUAAUUGUGGUUGUAAAUGAAGAUUUGAUGGAUAAUCAUCAAAGUGAACUUGCAGAUGAACUUGCCAACAGAAAACAUUUGUAUUGUGCUAGUCCUCAAACACUCCAUCAAACUAUAUCAGAUAUGGAUUUAAAUUCUCUUCUUCCUUACACCCCAGGUGAUGCUACACCAGUGGCCAAUCAUAUAAACAGAUUCCUUGGUUUUCCUGAUGAUUGAUCCCAAGGCUUUUCUUUUUCUGGUUAAAAGUAUUGGUGACGGAUAAUAAUCUCUAUUUGGGUUAAAGUAUGUGCUUAAUGAUAUUUUUAUUUAUUUAA